CCAACGAGUGAUACCAGCAAUAGAGACAAUUGUAUUGAAUAUUCUGGUUCUUAUGAUAUCACUGGCAUCGGGAGUAAAACAUCGGCCAAUCGGACACCUGAUCCCCCGUUGGCCACCAAUACCGCUCUCGCGACGGCACUCGGACGAGUUGUCGACGAGAUUAAGGCAGCGAUUAAUAUAGCGAUACAUCAAAAACUGUUCAAGGACAAUGUCAACCAUGGUAGUAUUUGGAAAUAUAUAUUAUACAUGUCUAACAUCGGGGAGCGUAUCAAAUGCCGGGCGGCUGUGGCCUACGGUCUGCAUCAGCCGCUAGUGGUUGAGGACAUAUACGUGGAUCCGCCCAAAGACAAUGAGAUCCGCAUUAAGCUCGUGGCCAGCGGUAUAUGUCGGUCGGAUCUGCAUAUCAUUGACUCCAAUAUAUCCAAAGACUUCAUAUUUCCGUUAAUCCUCGGCCACGAAGGCUCCGGAGUUGUGGAG